UGACCAAACACAUAAACCAAACAAUAGCUUGAAAUCAUCUUCAAAUCAAACUCUCUCUUCCUAACAAAAUCAGCUUUCCAAAUGGGAAUAUUUGACUUACCCUCUCUCCCUUAGCCUUCUGUUGAUCACCAACCAGGCAACACCCAUGAUCUCCUUCUUCUCCUCUGUUUGAUGUAUUGAUCACUCUCUAAUGGAGUUUAGGGUUAGAAAGUUGAUGGCAGAAGUAGUCAACACCACCAAUUCCAAUACCAGCAUACCAGCAGUCUGUAUAUCAUUUUGUGACCCAUCAAACAAGUUCGGAUAUUGUCUAUCUUCAUGUAAAGAUUUCUGUCCGGACAUCUGCAAUGACGAUUUUCCUAUUCAGUUUCCUCCACCAAGUCCCAUAACCUUCACAUAUCAUAGAUCACGGGUUUUAAACAAGUUCUUGAUCGUGUUGAUUGUUGUGAUAUGUGUGUGUUUUCUUGGUAUUUGCUGUUAUACUGUCUAUGUAAGGUACUUUGCUAAUCGGAGGAGAUCGCAACCACCGGAGGAGGAUCCAGAGACCCAUGAUGAGUUUCUUGAUGAAGAUCAUGGCCCUGUGGUUGAUCAUCAUGUUUGGUAUAUUAAUACAGUUGGUUUGCAGCCAUCGGUGAUCAGCGCGAUCAUGGUGUGCAAGUAUAAGAGAGGUGAAGGCCUUGUUGAAGGAACAGAGUGCUCUGUUUGUUUGAAUGAGUUUCAAGAAGAUGAGACUCUUAGGCUUUUACCCAAGUGCAGCCAUGCUUUUCACAUCCCUUGUAUUGAUACUUGGCUAAGAUCUCAUACCAAUUGUCCCAUGUGCCGUGCCCCUAUCGUCAAGAACACAGCCGGAUCAUCAUCAUCAUCUGCUGCAAACAUCGGUAAUUCAGGCACCGGAGAAGAAGCCGUGCAGAACAGAAUCUUAGAAGCUGAUGAAGAAUCUGAUACAGAAAUGGAAGAUGAGGCUGAGGCUGAGGAAAAUGAAUUGGGUGUUGAGAGUGGAAGAAAAAGAGGUGAAAUUUUGGAUGAAGAGGUGGGUGAAGAAGUACAACCGAUAAGAAGAUCGUUUUCUUUGGAUUCUUUAUCAGCUCUGAAGAUUACUCAAAAUCUUGCUAUUGUUCCAUCAGUGGAACCUAAUAGAAUUUCAGAUGCAAGAAUGGUGAAAGCGAAUAAGCCGGGUAGCCGUAGUUUCUCGCAGAGGAUCGUUGGAGAUCUGAGCUUAUUAAGAGCCAUGGGUGGUUCUUCAAGUGUGAGGUCUUCCCAAGAUGGGUCAAGUUUGAUGCAGAGGUCACUUUCAUGCUAUGGGAAGCUCUUGUUACCUGCAAGUAACCUGAGCCGGAGCCGGAGCCGGAACCAGAACUCAAUUCUUCCUUUAUAAAUUUUUUUGUGUCUGCAAAACUUUUGAAGUCUCCUGUGAACUCUCAACAAGCUGAGAAUUCUAUUAUACUUAUUACUAUCUGAACUCUUGAAUAUUACUGCAUAUUCUUGCUGGAAUACAGAAUAAUACUAUGAAAGGAGCAUGAUCCCAAAUGGGGAUGGUAAGCUCAAAAAGUUGAUGAUACAAUGCAAUUGUAAUUAAAAUAUUUUGUUCUAAAUGAAGUGAUCUUUUAUGUGUUUCUGAUGCUCA